AAGUUAUACAACGUACAUUUAGAAUAAAAUGACAACCUCCUGGAGUGAUCGGUUACAGAAUGCAGCAGAUGUGCCUGCUAACAUGGAUAAACAUGCCCUGAAAAAGUAUCGACGGGAAGCCUACCAUCGGGUGUUUGUGAACCGAAGUUUGGCUAUGGAAAAAAUAAAGUGUUUCGGUUUUGAUAUGGAUUACACACUUGCAGUGUACAAGUCUCCGGAGUAUGAGUCCCUUGGAUUUGAACUCACGGUGGAGAGAUUAGUUUCAAUUGGCUAUCCCCAGGAGCUGCUCAGCUUCGCUUAUGAUUCGACAUUUCCUACCAGGGGACUUGUUUUUGACACACUAUAUGGAAAUCUUUUGAAAGUUGAUGCCUAUGGAAAUCUUUUAGUCUGUGCACAUGGAUUUAACUUCAUAAGGGGACCAGAAACUAGAGAGCAGUAUCCAAAUAAAUUUAUCCAACGGGAUGACACGGAGAGAUUUUACAUCCUGAAUACACUGUUCAACUUACCAGAGACCUACCUGUUGGCCUGCCUAGUAGAUUUUUUUACUAAUUGUUCCAGAUACACCAGCUGUGAAACAGGAUUCAAAGAUGGAGACCUUUUCAUGUCCUACCGGAGCAUGUUCCAGGAUGUAAGAGACGCCGUGGAUUGGGUCCAUUACAAGGGCUCUCUUAAGGAAAAGACAGUUGAAAAUCUUGAGAAGUAUGUAGUCAAAGAUGGAAAACUACCUUUGCUUCUGAGCCGGAUGAAUGAGGUCGGGAAGGUAUUUCUUGCCACCAACAGUGACUACAAAUACACAGAUAAAAUUAUGACUUACCUGUUUGAUUUCCCGCACGGCCCCAAGCCCGGGAGCUCCCAUCGCCCGUGGCAGUCCUACUUUGACCUAAUCCUGGUGGAUGCCCGGAAACCACUCUUCUUUGGAGAAGGCACAGUGUUGCGCCAAGUGGACACUAAAACUGGCAAGCUGAAAAUAGGCACCUACACUGGCCCCUUACAGCACGGCAUCGUGUACUCAGGAGGUUCAUCUGAUACAAUCUGUGAUCUGUUGGGAGCAAAGGGCAAGGACAUCUUGUACAUCGGAGAUCACAUUUUUGGGGACAUUUUAAAAUCUAAGAAGCGACAAGGGUGGCGAACCUUCCUGGUGAUCCCUGAGCUCGCGCAGGAGCUGCACGUCUGGACUGACAAGAGCUCUCUUUUUGACGAGCUUCAGAGCUUGGAUAUUUUCUUGGCUGAACUCUACAAGCACCUUGACAGCAGCAGCAAUGAACGUCCAGAUAUCAGUUCCAUCCAGAGGCGUAUUAAGAAAGUAACGCAUGACAUGGACAUGUGCUACGGGAUGAUGGGAAGCCUGUUCCGAAGCGGCUCCCGGCAGACCCUCUUUGCCAGUCAGGUGAUGCGGUAUGCCGACCUCUACGCAGCCUCCUUCAUCAACCUGCUGUAUUACCCGUUCAGCUACCUCUUCAGAGCGGCCCAUGUCCUGAUGCCCCACGAAUCAACCGUAGAGCACACACAUGUGGAUAUCAACGAGAUGGAGUCCCCGCUUGCCACCCGGAACCGCACGUCCAUGGAGUUCAAGGACACCGAUUACAAGCGGCACCAGCUGACACGAUCGAUCAGUGAGAUUAAACCUCCCAACCUCUUCCCGCUAGCCCCCCAGGAAAUCACACACUGCCAUGAUGAAGAUGAUGAUGAGGAGGAGGAGGAAUAA